CAUUCUCUAUCAAACUGCCACAGGUAUAUAAGUUUCUUCGAGCUAUACAUAGAGUACGACCCCUUCUUCACUCCGCCGGAAGUGCAAAACCCGUGGUUGUCGGACAGCGCGGAGUUCUGGGAGUACGAGAAGCAAGUUAAGGACGUGUCGGCACGCAGAGUGAAACGGUGGGCUUUCAGUCUAAAAGAGCUCCUCGCCGACCCCGCGGGGCGGGAACACUUCAGUAAGUUUCUCGAAAAGGAGUUCAGCGGCGAAAACCUCAAGUUCUGGGAGGCGGUGCAGAAGCUCAAGACACUGCCCCAGCAGGAGGUGCCCGACGAAGCCAAGAGGAUGUGGGACGAGUUCCUAGGCCCCGACGCUAGCAUCCCGAUCAACGUCGACGGCAAGUCCUUCGAGGCCACCAAGAAAAACGUCGAGGAGAACCCGGACCGCUGGUGUUACGACGAGGCAGCGGCCCAUGUUUACCACCUCAUGAAAACCGACAGUUACUCACGAUACGUGAGAUCCCCGAUGUACACAGAAUUCCUGAGCGGAUCCAAGAAAAAGACGUCGGUGAAGGGCAUCCGCUCCAUCGUGUCGUUCUCCGGUCGCAAGGAGGCGGGUGCCACGUAGAACCAUGCAGCACCGGGAGCUUGUGAGGCUGAGCGUUAAGCCUUCCAAACCCAACUUGCAUAUUAUGUGGCCGCCCUGCCCGCGGGCUCGCUGGCGAGGCGAGGCAGGGUGGCGGCGGCGGCGGCGGUCAGCGGGUGCGCGCUCUAUAAGCGCCACGCACCAGACGCACCCUGCAGCUCACGCCUGCCUGAAUUGAUGUUGUUGUCGUAGUAAACGCACACCGUUACGGGUGGCGGUUGUUGUUGUUGUUCCUGAUGAUGCAUUCUGCAUGCGUCACCACUUGCUGGAGGCAGUGAGGCGGUUUUCUCGGAAAAAAGAACAGAGAGUAGGAAGAGGGCAGUGAUUCCGCUGUCGCGGAAGGACCAGAACGAUCUCAAGAAUGUCGCUUUACAUCACUCUAUAGCGCGGCAAAUCGCGCGGUAAAUCAAAUGGACAGAACUAACAGAGGCAAGAAGAAGAAAGGUAAACCUACAGCACCGUUACCCCCCCCCCCUCCUCUCCCUCGCUCCUGCUCCCCUUCCUCAUAACCCAUCAACGUAAUCGUUGGCGUUCGAUUCUCUCUCCCACCUCCCACCUGCAGAAAACGAACCUUCAAACUUUGCUGGACGCGAUAAAAAAACAACAAAAAAACAUUCCGAAUUGCCAUUUCUUUCUGCUCCUUGAACUCUUUAGUUCGAUGGUACAUAUCGUCCACGUGUAGUUUCUAUCGAUAACGAAAUAUGUUCAAGUGUGAUAUUUUUGCGGAGUCGAACAUGUGAAAAUUAAUUUGUAUUGAACGGAGCGCAUCUCGUGGUGUUCAACGUGUAAUACACAUAGUGAAAGCAUAGAGUGAGUUGUUAAAUAAUGUGCCAUCAUUUUUUUAAAUUCCUCCCUUUACGCUGUGUCUCGUGUGAGCCAGUAGUCCUAGCGGCCGCUCUUUCAUCUGUGUCGUAGCUGCUGCUUAAUUUGUUAACCAAAAGGGAAACUAGUGUCAUCUGUCAACAGGCGAUUUUUUGUGAGAAUCGAACCGGCGGUUUUUAAAAGAGACAUGAAAAUGAAGGCGCGAUGCAAUAUGUUGUAACCAUGAACAGUGCGGGAUCGGACGGAGACCGGCAGGCCCCCUAUGUAAGGCCUUCUCCACUGUUGUAACGGUCCCGCAGUCGGUGGUCAAAACGGCACCGAUUUCGCGACGUCGUUCCGGUGAAAGGAAAAAAAAAUCGUUGAUUGGACAUCGCAUCGACAUCGUUGUGACCACAAAUAUUGUUUCUCACUGGAGAUGGUAGUGCCUUCCCUACUACCUGUAGAUUGGAUAUCGAUUUUUUAAUAACAAUAACAAUAAUAAAGCAUAAUUUUUGUACCAUAAAGCAAA